CCGGCUCGGGGAGGCGGAGGGAGCCGCGGGGGGCUCCAUGCGGGGCGGCAGCGGCUCCAGCCCGGGCCUGCCCAGGCCGCUGGCUCCUCCCCUUGGGAAAGGAGGGUGCGCCGGGGCCGCCCCCGCGGUGUGACGGGGGAGCGCAGCCCGAGCGGCCGCGGGCGCCGGGCCUGAGCCGGCGGGCGUCAGCACCACCUCCGCGGCCCGGCCCGGCCCGGCCCGCCCGCCCGUCGGCGGCCGCAAUGUUCUCCCUCAAGCAGCCCAAACCCACCUUCAAGUCGUACCUUCUGCCUCAGGCUGAUGACAAUAUAGCAUCAGAACCAAGGAUUAAAAAACUGGAACCAGUACUUUUACCAGGUGAAAUUGUGGUGAACGAAGUAAAUUUUGUAAGAAAGUGCAUUGCAACAGACACGAGCCAGUAUGAUCUGUGGGGCAAGCUGGUUUGCACUAACUUCAAGAUUUCCUUUAUUACAGAUGACCCAAUGCCACUGCAGAAAUUCCAUUAUAAAAACCUCCUCCUUGGUGAACACGAUGUCCCACUCACAUGCAUUGAGCAGAUUGUCACAGUGAAUGACACCAAGAGGAAGCAGAAGGUCCUUGGUCCUAACCAAAAGCUGAAAUUUAAUCCAACUGAAUUAAUAAUUUAUUGCAAAGACUUCCGUAUUGUCAGAUUUCGUUUUGAUGAAGCAGGUCCUGAAAGUGCAAAAAAGGUGUGCCUUGCAAUAGCUCAUUAUUCUCAGCCAACAGAUCUUCAGCUUCUCUUUGCAUUUGAGUAUGUUGGGGAAAUAUAUCAUAAUCCAGCAAAGAAGGUGAAUGGCAUAGACCCAGGAGGUGGUGGCGGUGGCAUCAGCAGUGCCAGCGGUCAGCAGACUCCUUUGUUUGAAACUUACUCGGACUGGGAUAGAGAAAUCAAAAGGACAGGUGCAUCUGAGUGGAGAGUGUGCUCAGUCAAUGAAGGUUAUAUGAUCUCCACUUGCCUUCCAGAAUAUUUUGUGGUUCCGUCUUCCUUAGCAGAUCAAGACCUGAAGCUGUACUCCUACUCCUUCAUUGGGAGGAGAAUGCCUUUAUGGUCCUGGAAUCACCCCAACGGGAGUGCCCUUGUGAGAAUGGCCAACAUUAAAGAUGUGUUGCAGCAGAGAAGAAUUGAUCAGAGGAUUUGUAAUGCCAUAACUCGAAGCCAUCCCCUGAGAAGUGACGUUUACAAAUCUGACCUGGACAAGUGUCUCCCCAACAUCCAGGAAAUCCAGGCUGCACACAACAAACUCAAACAGCUCUGUGUCAAUGACCCUUUUGAUGACACUGAAGAGAAGUGGCUGUCCUCACUGGAAAACACUCGCUGGUUAGAGUACAUCAGAGCCUUUCUUAAGCAUUCUGCUGAGCUUGUCUAUAUGAUGGAGUGUAAGCACGUUUCUGUAGUUCUACAAGAGGAAGAGGGACGGGACCUGAGCUGUCUUGCUGCUUCUCUCAUUCAAGUCAUGCUGGAUCCCUAUUUUCGAACCAUUGUUGGAUUUCAAAGCCUAAUACAGAAGGAAUGGGUCAUGGCAGGAUAUCAAUUUUUAGAUAGGUGUAACCACUUAAAGAGAUCUGACAAAGAGUCUCCUUUGUUCUUGAUGUUCCUUGACUGCGUUUGGCAGCUGCUGGAACAGUACCCAGCAGCCUUUGAGUUCUCGGAGGUGUACCUGACCAUCCUGUACGACAGCGCCCGCAUCUCCUUGUUCGGCACCUUCCUCUUCAACUGCCCCCACCAGCGAGUCAAGGAGAGCACUGAAUUUGCUAUAAGCAAAAACAUUCAGCUGGGUGAUGAGAAAGGCCUCAGGUUUCCGUGUGUUUGGGACUGGUCUCUGCAGUUCACGAACCGGGACCGGCUGCUGUUCCACAACCCGCUGUACAUCGGCAAGAGCGCGCCCAGCGUGCACAACGGGGCCCUCCGCACCUUCAAGCGCUCCAAGAAAAACUACAGCUCCACAUUGCGAGGUGUCCCCCCAGCAAUAAAGAACGGAAUCAUCGGUGAGCAGGAGUUCCUUCCAAGAAGAAACUCUCUGAUUCUAAAAUUGAAGCCGGAGUUUUUCCACUCAGCAGAGGGGCAGAGCCACAGCAUGGAGCAGUACUUCAGAGACUGGUUUGCAAAGCCCGUCGAUUUGCACGGCGUCAUUCUGCCCCAUCUCUCUGGAACACAAAUAAAACUGUGGAAACUCUGCUACUUCCGCUGGGUUCCCGAGGCCCAGAUCAGCCACGGGGGCUCCAUCACCGCCUUCCACAGAGUUUCUCUGCUGGCAGACGAGGUGGACAUGUUAAACCGCAGCCUGCGGCAGUACAAGAGCAACUCCUCCUUGCAAGGCCACUGCUCAGAACUGGAUCAAAGCAGGAUGUACUUCAGAGCAAAUGGUUUAAAUGACACCUCAGGCACCCCAGACUUUCUCUCCUCCUCAUUCCCAUUUUCUCCUGUAGGGAACCUAUGCAAACGGAGCAUUUUGGGAACACCUUUAAGCAAAUUUUUAAGUGGUGCCAAAAUCUGGCUAUCCACCGAGACGCUUGCAAAUGAAGACUGAGGUGAUGUGGAGGUUUAAAGGUUUGGGGAGAAUACAGCAUAUCAUUUUGUCUUUUCUAACUUAACACUGCUAAAUGCGGCAUUGAAAGCUGUAAUAAUUUUUAUAUACAAACAUUACGUAAGAUUUGCACAAAUAUUUAAAAGCAAGGCAAGUCAUGCUUCAAAUCGCACAAUGUUGUCUUCAGUAGUUCUCAUCUGCUGGGGCUUCUGCUCCCCAAUUCCUCCUGUUCCUGGGGGUUUGGCUCAUUACAAGUGAUAGAGCAUUUCAUUAGCUAAUUGAAAGGCUUGGUGUGGUCAUUAGUGAGGGUUCUGCUUGAAAUAACCUUUGUUUUCCCAGAUAGUGACUGAAGUGACCCUUUGAUAAAACAGCUUGGAAAGCCAAAGUACUGCAGUGGAGAUGAACUCACAGCUGAAAUCUGGGAAUGUACUAUUUUAUCAGACUGCCUCUUCAGGAGUAAUACUUACUUGCAUAGAUACAAACAUACUAAUGUUCCAUGACUGAUCACCCUACAUUGUGCUAAUGCAGUGUAUCCAUGGAAGGGCUUAUUCCAUUUUCUUUCUCUUCCCAAAAUGUGUUCAUUAACAAUUAGUCAGAUUUGUGCUCUUUGUCAUGAGCUUGACUUUAGACUAUAGAAAUCCACAUCAGGACAAUGCACUGUUAACCUUAAAACAUUUACUGUAGAUAUGGUAUUGCAGUAGCUGUAGAAGUGCCUUUAAUUGGGAGGAAACAGUAGCAGGAUUACUCUAAUGCAGCUGACACUCCCCUCUGCCACCUUUUCAAAAGAGAUUGUGUGGCAAGUUCUUGUUCCAUCCCCUGUUUCCCCCUCUCCAUUUCUGGAAACAACAUGCAUCCAGAAGAAGCAGCAGGUGUCCUCUCUUUAAGGUUAAACUUGUUUUUACAUCCCACAAGACCCUCACCUUUUUAUAAGAGCACCUCAACUACUCAGCAUUAUAUCCCUGCACAGAUCCUCGUUCCUGCCAUUCCUCUCCUCAUUUUUUUGCAGGAUGAAGUAGCUUUCAGCAGAACUCGUACCUGAGCCCUGCUGGGUUCCAGAAAGGAGCACUGGCUCCUCAUUGCCACUUCCACAAGGGGUGCAGGUGCUGCAAGGAGAGCAGUGAGUGGUGCCUUGUUUUUGCAGACUGACUAUCCCAUAGGGACAGUGCAAUGAACAAGCACUGCCUGAGGGAAUUACAUCCAACAGCCUCCUUCCUUCUGCUUAAUGCAGCAGCCUCCUUGUUGUUCUGAAACCUUUUUAAAUGAUGCCUCUCCCUGGAUGCUGUGCCACAGAAGGACUCACAGGGAGAAAGGAAGGAGUGUGAAGAAUUCCAGGAGGUUGGAGAAGUAGUGAUGUAUCAUUCUCAUAGGUUAAGGCUCCUGUUAGCUGCCUUCUCUGGACAGCGAGGCUGUAUUUUGUAUUAAAUUAUUUCUGUAUAAACACCAACGCUGUUGAACUGACACUGAGCCUCUACCCAGGUAUUGCCUCACCAGUUUAGGGCACCAAAGGCCUUAUACAAUAGAAAGCUGCAGGAUAGGAAUAUGCAGUGUAUUCAAGUUUAAAAAAAGGGGAGGGGAUAGGAUUUGGAGAUCUUUGUAAACCCAAACUGAUCUUCAGCACAGCCUAAAUCACCAAGUGGGGUUUGCCUCCCAGGCUGGUCUCUGGCCUCCAAGGCUGUGCUUUGCUUGCACUGCUGGGGCUGGAGAGGGAAGCAGGGCAGGGCCAAUGCAGAGGUGAAUAAUGUCAGGGGAGGGGGGGUUCCUUUUUUACCUUACCGAACUUCCAAACCUGUUCCUAUGCAAAGAAUCUGUUGUGUGUGUGCUGUGCACAACGUGGGCAGGCACAGGCUGUUGUGACACAAUGCCAGGGCAUCUGGGCAACUGUUUGUGAGGAGAAAACGUGUAUUCACCUCAAUUGCCUAAUUAUGCUGCAAGAUGAGCUGAGCAUGUUAAAUGGUCCACAAACCAGUUGUGUUUAUUUCCAAGCUUGCUGCAGUAGUCAUCUCACUUGUUCAUUAUUCAAACAUUUGUUUUAGUUUGCUUUUGCCAUUCCUCUUUGCCCAUUAGCUUACUGCUUUCCCUGGCCUGAUACUUGACAUAAAGACCUCAACCUGUGUGCUUAGUGUCUUUUGGUACCAACUCUGUUUUUCUUUUAAAAUGACAGUUAAAACUAUAAUUUUUUUUUCUUUCCUUAAAGGUAUAACUUCUUUGGAUUAAAGGUACCAAAAAAGUGUAAAUAAAUUACUCCACAAAAGCAGCUGGUGGAAUUAAAAAAUGUUUAGGCUAGUACCCUUUGGGGGGAAAUGGGUACUAUAUUUAAACAGAAUUGUCUUUUAUAAGGAGAUUUCAGACAUUUUUACAUUUCAGUUCUAAGAUGUGUACAGAUGCUGCAGAGGGACUUUGUAUUUUAUAUAUAUAGCAUGGGAGAGGGUUAAAAAUAAUAUGCCUUUAUAAAUAAACAAAACCUGUCGAAAUACCUAUUUGCCAAACAGACUUAAAAAGAAAUUUUGUACCAUUCCAAAAAGGGAAUUAGGUAAGCAGAGGUUGAGAGGGGGCACCUCCUGCAGAGAGGAAGGGAAGGGCUCCACCUUUCCCUAGACUUGAAGACCAGGUUCUGCUUCCUUGCUAAGGAGCCUGAGCAGCUGCUGUGCCUGUGCAUGCUGCUGCUUCCUCUGAGUUCAGCAGCUCGAUACUUUCUGAUUCACUUUUGAAGGACAAGGUGUACCAAGUGUUGAUUUUUAAAUAUUCUCCACUCUGCACAGUUGCCUUAUCAAGUCAAUAGGGACUGUUCUGGAUAUCUUUAAUAACUUUCAAAAGCAAUUUUGGGGUGUGACUAUGUAUCUUACUUCUGUGUACAGAAUACUGACAUGCAAGUGUGUAUAUAUAUGUCUGUGUAUAUAUAUGUACACAUAUUUUCAAAUUUUAAUUUCUGUUCACCAUUUAAAGCAACGUACUGUUAAAUGCCAUCUUUGUGUUGCAAGAGUAGAAAAGCUACCAAGCAGCUCAUCCUUUUGUGUUUGUAGAAAAUGUGCAUUGCUGCAGCUGUUCCUGGCUGAGUCAUGACUUUGUACCACACAGGGGGAGCUCUGCAGCUGCUGGGCCCCAGUGCAGCAGCUGGGCUCAGGGCAGGGCUGGGGCUGUGGUGCCCCCUCAGCCUCCAGGCACUGCCCUGUGCCCCCAGGAGUGCACUGAGAACUUUGUGUGUGUCUGCCCAGGCUGCACGUGUGCUUCAUGGGCACCUGCCUGCAAUACCACUCUGAUCAAUUAACUGCCUUGUGUUUCAAUGAAAAUGUAGCAAGCUGGGCAAACCUUUUGGCUUAUUCUCAGAUGGAAGUAUAUUAAAACCAAAAAAAUUCUAACAUGUAUUUAAGCAAAGAACGAAAUCUUAAAUUUGCCUCUAACCAAGAGACAGAAAUUUGUACCUCAAAUUGCUCUAGGCAGUAGGUUUCUAAUGCUGUUGCUGUGAUGGUUUAGAGUUCACCAUUUCAACUGAAACUAAAACCUUUGUGCCUGAUAAUGAUUUACUGAGUAGCAGUGGCAGGAAGAUUAUAAAAUCCUGAUGCUGAGUUGUGAAUGUGAAGUAAAUUAGAGUCAAUAAAAGUCCAUACCCUUCCACAGUGAA